GUCAGAAGGAGCUGCGAGUCAACCGAGUGAGCUGAUGAGUUUUCGUUCAUCUCCGUUGCACUGCAAUCUGAGCUUGCCUUUUUUUCUUGCAAGUUGCUUUUGGUGGUUAAUAGAGAGCAAGAAUGAAGUGGUUUGGAGGAAGUAUUCCAGAGGCAAUUAGUUCAGCCAAAACACAGAAUGCCAUAUUUGUGGUAUAUGUGUAUGAUUCAUCAGAUGCUUCAAAAGCUACUGAUGAAGUCCUUGUAGACACAGAUAUAUCAGCAGUCUUGAGUUCGAAUAAGUUCGUAGCAAUUAAGCUUGAGAAUGGUACUGAAAGUGCCUUGCAGUUUUCUCAGAUCUAUCCUUUGGUGCUUGUUCCGUCACUGUUUUUCAUUAGUGGUCAGACAGGAUUACCAUUAGAAGUUCUUGGAGGACCACUUACCAAAGAAACUAUAAGGCAGAAGCUCACCUCCUUGGUUCCUGAAGAAAAUCAGGGUGCCAGCUCUGCUGUGACAGCUAAUGAAAAUGUGAAAGAGGGUGACACACAGAACUCCAAUAGUCAACUAGAACAGAAAUUAGAUAAACCAAACUCGGCAGAGGACGGUGCAGCCUCUGCUUCUGCCUUGAUUCAGUCACCAAAAGAGCCAACCUCAGACGACCAAGCAUCCCCGUCCGGCUUAGGCAAUGAAAAUAAGUCUGAGGCAAAUGUAACCCCAGACUCCGGAAUUCAAGAUGAUUCAGGAACUCCAGACCAUGAAGAAAAUGACAGUGAAGCAAUAGAUGAUUCAGUCAGCUUGGAAGAAAGAGUAGAGAGAGCAAAGGUUCUUCUUGCCCAAAAACGAGCAGCUCAGGCACAGGAGAAAGCACAUGUGAGUGAUGUAGUCAGUCUGGUACAU